GGUAUGAGACAGUGAUGGCAGAUGCUGCAUUAACCAAAAUGGAUAUAAAGAAAGAAGAAUCUUAGAAGCCUUCUUUAUUAACAAAAAGCAGUGCUGGCAUCACAGGCGAUAUAGGCUGCUUAAACACGCCGCGCGACAAAAAAUUACGCCUUGACGACGACACGAGUCUGUGGACUAUUAAAUAACACAUGAAUGAGACUGGAACAUUUCUGCUCAGCCGGAAGACGUUCAGAACCAACAGAACCAACUGUCCCCGGCCUUGCUCGUUUUCCCCAAGACGUUUUCAACGGUGUUGGAGCGCAAAGGAGGAGAGAAAGCAUCAGUAAUCAGACUAGGACACUCUCCUCAGCACCCUCCCACGACGAUACCGAACAGCACGGCUGAGGCGGAUUCAACUGCAGCAUUGGCGGAACGUAUCGCUGGAUGUGGGAGAAGACCGUGCGUGUAGGCUAAUAGGGAUAGUGAGAUCUGGCCAUCCCAACCCGUAUGCACUUUCAGAACAUUUCCCAAUCUGGCGAGUUUAGGACUGAGAGGCAGGUGUAGUGGUGAGGGCGCAUCCAUGAGCCCGGGACGGCAUGUUUUUAGUUUAACCGGCUUUGUUGAAAAGACUGGGUGAAGAGGAAAAGGCGAGUUCGGAAGUUUUGAUGCAUAUGAUCACAACCACCAUGAUUUUUAUGAUCCUCGGUGCUUCAGUUGUAAUGUGGUCACAGUACCAGGUCAUGUAGCGGUUGCUGAUUGCCAAUACUGCUUGUCAUGUCCCGGUUGACUCGAAUGGUUCUUUGCAGGCGAUUGCGUGUUUAAUGGACAUGAAUGCACUCCUGGACCGCUUUCACAACUACAUCUUACCGCAUUUACGAGGGGAAGACCGCGUUUGUCAUUGCAACUGUGGAAGGCAUCAUGUUCACUAUGUAAUUCCAUAUGAUGGAGACCAUUCACUCGUGGACUCGUCUGAGAAUUACUUUGUAAGUGACAGUGUGACCAAACAAGAGAUGGACCUCAUGCUGGGGCUGUUGCUGGGGUUCUGUAUCAGCUGGCUGUUGUUGUGGCUGGAUGGAGCUUUGCACUGUGCUGUGAGGGCCUGGAGAGCCAGUCGCUAUUAUGAUACCCCUUCCUGGUCAUGGUUGCCCCAGUUCUGUAACCUUCGGGACCUCCGUAGACGUGCACAGCUGCGACAACUGGAGGAUUCCAGUGGAAACAUGGUGCAUAUCAAGCAGAAGCUCUAUCAUAAUGGUCAUCCCAGCCCUCGCCACCUCUGACUAUUUAAUGGCAGUUUACCCAAAACUACUCCAUUACCAGCUGCUGCCUCAGAGACCCAAUUUAAUUGUUCCACUACAGUUUGAACCAUCUUUUAAACCUUCUAAAAGCACUCAAUGAGAUUAAGUAUUUGCCAAAACUAAGAUAGAAGAUUAAUGUUGCCAAUUUCCUGAUUUGUGUCGUCGUUCACUAUGUCUGAGAUAGAAAGUAUGGUGAAUGUUUUUGAAAAGGUUUGUUUCUGUACAGGCUUUUUAUUUUUCAUUGCUGAAUCCAGGCAUGCACUUUUAGAAUGGGGGAGGAUGCAAGAAUUAUUGUUUUUUGUUUGUUUGUUUGUUUUUAGACUUUGUGAUUCAAUUAAUACUUUUUUCCUGCUUUCCCCUACUUACUUUUUUAGCUUAUAAUCAGGAUAUUACUUUUUGGGAGGGUUUGAUAAGUGUGGGUGUGGUGGAAGUUUGGAGGUCUUGUUUUGAGAUGGAAGAGAUUAUGUGAAUAGUUAUACAUAUUGUUUUAAGGGAUUUAAGACCACAGCUAUUAGAAGGUUAGAAGAGUCAUGAAGUGCAUAAAAAGACAGUAAAAGACAAAUGUAAAGAAUUAAUUUUUAAUGCAGAUGUGAUAUGUGAACUUUUUGGAUGGAUGAAAAACAGAUCACUCUAAAAAAUAUUGAUUAUCUUUGUUACUAUGUGAAAUAAAUGAAUGUAUUAAUUUUAUCUGUAAAUAAAGGAGAGUGCAGGAAGAUUGAAAUGAAUGGUCAGGGCUCUUUUUGCUGUUUUGAACGUCAUCCGUCAAAUGUGAGAGAACCGCAAGCACUUGCCUUGUCUUUCCUACACUGUGUCCAAUGUCCAUCCCUGCUCUGCUUUUAAACUACUCCAUACUCAAACAAGAACAACCAGCCUGCCAGCACAGAGAGCCCUGACCCAAAUUUCUCUUCCUCUUUAUGUCCAGACAUUGCUGUUGUGAAGAUAAAAUGUCUGUUUUAUUAAAAGUGCCACUGAAGCACCACAGUGA